UUCCAUUAUAAUUUGUUAACACCCCUUUCAAUUCCGUUCAAUUAAUGUAGUACGGUACCUACUCUUCCACACUGUGUGAAACUUGUCGUUCUUAUUCCUCACUUUCCCUCAACUCUUUGGUCGAUUCCCCUCUCUCUCUCUAACAUUGCUGAGGAAAUUGAAGUUUUGAGGUGUCAUGGAAGAUGUGCCUCAGACAUUAUAUGACGGGACAACUGAAGUUCAACGUUUGCUUGUAGAACCUGAAGAUGAGCAUGUUUCAAUGGAAAGUGUCUUGUGUUUUAAUGAAAAGAUUCAAGAGAAUGCCAUGAAAAUGGAAGAAGCUUCCUGCAGUGUUGUUUUACCAAAAAAUGGUAUUGCUCAGGAAGGGGGAGAUGUUCCGAAGCAAGAAGUUCUUGAUGUAAUGCCAACUGGUGUUGAAGCUGGAUAUUUUCAAUUGCCAAAUGAUUUCUGUAGCAUGGGUGAAGAUUACUUUCAAGGUAUUGAAUUUGCUAAAAGUAUUACCAAUUUGGAUUAUGGUUUGAGUGAAGGCUUGCAUAUCUCAUUGUCCGAAAGUCCAAUUCCAGGGUCAAGUUCUGAUGCUAACACUCCUUGGAAUUCGGAUAUAUUAGCAAUAACUGAUGUGUCAGACUGUCAAAAUGACCAAGUUAACCUGCAAAAUUCUGAAUUAAGUGACAUUUGUAUGCGCCAAGAGAGUGAAACAUCGGUUGAGAAGAAGCCUUUGAAAUUUCCCACGUCUCCUACUACACAAAAUAUUAGCUGGUCGCAAAAUAUACCGAGCCAGUCUCCACAAGGUAUAUCAUCUGAUGAGGAUGGCGGAAGCCUUUGCCCUUCUGAUUUUACAUCUGGGGAGUUGUUCUGUGGUUCAAAGAUUCAGAAAAACAAGGAAUUUGGGGUGAUGUGUCAAACUGUUGAGAGUAACAUCAAUGAACUGGAUGACUUGGCAAAGAUCUCAAACCUGGAUGCCCUUACUACGCAAAAGAGAUCCCGUAAGCCUACACGGAGAUACAUUGAUGAAUUAUCAGAGCCUAUUUCUAGACAUUCUAAGAAAAGACGAGAAGUUUCUACUUCUGUCCCUAGUGCUAAGUCUGCAGUAGUUAAAAAUCACAAGAAGUGUCAUAUUGAAUCAAGAACGGGAAUUUCCCCUGAGGAGUCUUCUGUCAUUGCUAUUCAAGUGCCCUUCGGUUCAUUAGUGCAUAAAGAAUGUCAAAAUAGUCAUUCAUCAAAUAUGGUACUUAGUUCUGAUAAUGAGAAUUCAGUGUACGAGUCAGAAGAUAUCUGGGUAGCUUCGGUAUGUCAAAAGAAAAGGUGUGGCUAUGUCUUUGCAGCUUGUGAAAAGAAAUAUGAUGACUCAGUCACAGCAGUGAAUCAAAAGAAAGGAGAUGACUGUGUCAAGGCAAUGAGUCAGAAGAAAAGGGACGAUUGUGUCACAGCAGUUAGUCAAAAGAAACGGGAUGACAGUGUCACAGCAGCGAACCUAAGGAAAAGGGAAGAUCAUAUUACAUCAAUGAGUCUAAAGAAAUGGGAUGACUGUGACACAGCAGUGAGUCAUAAGAAAAGGGACAAUCAUGUUUCAGCAAUGAGUCGGUGUUUAUGGCCUUCAAUUCAUGAAGAGAAAAUAAUUCCAAAUGAUGUUCCACAAGGUCAUUUAGCAGUCUAUGUAGGAGAGUAUCACAAGAGGUAUGUAAUCAAAGUGACCUUACUUGAUCAUCCACUCUUCAAGACAUUGCUGGAUCAAGCCCAGGAAGUAUACGAUUUCACUGCUGAUUCAAAACUCCGGAUUCCGUGCAAUGAGAAUAUCUUCCUGAGUAUCGUGCAGUGUGCCACACACGAUCAAUCCAUAUCGCUCUGCCUAUAA